CUCUGGUCAUCUCCUGUACUAUGUCUGCAGUCUCUGGUCAUCUCCUGUACUGUCCGCAGUCUCUGGUCAUCCCCUGUACUGUCCGCACAGUCUCUGGUCAUCCCCUGUACUGUCCGCAGUCUCUGGUCAUCCCUGUACUGUGUCCGCAGUCUCUGGUCAUCCCCUGUACUGUGUCUGCAGUCUCUGGUCAUCCCUGUACUGUCCGCAGUCUCUGGUCAUCCCUGUACUGUGUCCGCAGUCUCUGGUCAUCUCCUGUACUGUGUCCGCAGUCUCUGACCAUCUCCUGGUACUAUGUCCGCAGUCUCUGGUCAUCCCUGUACUGUGUCCGCAGU